AUGGAGAAGAAAGUUGAUAAGAAGCAUCUUCUUGCCUACCCUAAGGGAUAUAAGGUUGAUAAUUCCUUAUCUUUGUAUCUUGAAGUCGCUGAUUAUGGAUCAUUGCCAUCUGGAUGGAGAAGAAACGCAAAAUAUAUCCUAAUUGUUGUAAAUCAACGUUCGGAGAAUCUCUCCCGAAAAAGCGAACUACAACACUGGUUUGAUGAGAAAUCUAUCAACUGGGGUAUACCAUCCAUGAUUCCCCUUAAUGAACUUCAUGCCAAAGAUAAAGGAUUUCUAGUAAACGGGGAACUCAAAAUUGUUGCCGAGAUAGAUCUUCUUGAAGUUAUUGGCAAAGUAGAAAUUAAUGGGUUUCACCUUCUACAUUCACAGGUGGAAUUUGUGAAUCGUAUGUUUGAAAAGCACCCAGAGAUUGCAUCUAAAUUCCGUCCAAAUAACCCAAAUCUUAGGACAGGUUACAUGAGUUUGCUACUCAGUCUCAUUGAUACUUUGCGCCAGCCGCCUAAUGAGCUCUCCAUUUAUGACCUGGACGAGGCAUUAGCUGCAUUGGAAUAUUUGAUUGAUGUUGGAUUUAAGUUGGAUUGGUUGAAGAAGAAACUUGAUCAAGUUUUAGAAAUUACGGAGAAAGAGAAAGGUAGUGCGACUCGAAGGCAAGAAAUUGAGAAAGAGUUGAAAGAUUUGAAGCAAAAAUGCUUAGAUCUCGAAGCUCAGCUGGAGAAGGAGAAAGCAUAUGCGUCAACUGCUAUAGCUCCUAUCUCAUUCGAUGAUGUUAUAUAA